CCUACAGGUUCUGUCAUUGGCUGAAACAGACCCGGAAGUCGAAAAUCUGUAAACAUCUGCUCAAACGUCUGACUUUAAAUCUGAGUUUUAUUCAGAUAGAGAAAAGAAGUUGAACACUUUGGAGGGGUUGCAGAAGAUGGGAUCCAAAGAUUUGAGACUCAUGGAUGUUUUCUCCUACGAGAGUCUCGUGCAUGCAGUCGCCGGUGCAGUGGGCAGUGUGACUGCAAUGACUGUUUUCUUUCCUCUCGACACAGCUCGGCUUCGGCUGCAAGUGGAUGAAAAGAGGAAAGCCAAGUCCACACCAGCCAUUCUGGGUGAGAUCAUCAAGGAGGAGGGUCUGUUAGCUCCAUAUCGAGGUUGGUUCCCAGUAAUCUGCAGUCUCUGUUGCUCCAACUUUGUGUACUUCUACUGUUUUCAUAGCCUGAAGGCCACCUGGUUAAGAGGUCAUAGGUCAACACCAGGACGAGACCUCAUCAUUGGCAUUGUUGCAGGUGUAGUAAAUGUUCUAGUCACCACUCCACUCUGGGUCGUCAAUACCAGACUAAAACUACAAGGGGCGAAAUUCAGAAACGAGGACAUAAAGCCUACACACUACAAAGGAAUCAUAGAUGCAUUUGCACAGAUCAUUCAACAGGAAGGAUUGGGAGCACUGUGGAAUGGCACAUUUCCCUCCCUGCUCCUGGUGCUGAAUCCUGCUGUUCAGUUUAUGAUCUAUGAGGGUCUGAAGAGGCAGCUGAUGAGAGGAGUGCACAGAGAGCUGAGAUCUGUGGAGGCGUUUCUAAUAGGAGCCAUUGCCAAGGCGGUAGCAACCACGAUAACCUACCCACUACAAACAGUUCAGUCCGUCCUACGGUUUGGGCAGCACGGGCAGCCAACAGAACAGAACAAACUACUGAGCAGUAUGAGAUCUGUUAUGUAUCUGCUCAUCAAUAGAGUCAGGAAAUGGGGCAUGCUGGGAUUGUUCAAAGGCCUGGAGGCAAAGUUACUUCAGACGGUCCUCACGGCUGCGUUGAUGUUCUUGCUGUAUGAGAAGAUCGCCAGUGUCACCUUUAGGGUCAUGGGGUCAAACACCUAGUGACGUCCCACUGACCCCUUACAGAACUUUAAUUAGCUAUAAUUAACUUUAAUUUUAUCACAUUAACUUUAUGGGCAAUAUGAAUGAUAUACAGAAGUGCUCAUAUGUACAUAAUAUUAUGAAGGCAAAUAUAAACUGCAAAAAGGAUUUUCUUACUUAGUAUUUUUGUCUUGUUUUCAGUACAAAUAUCUAUAAUUUCCUCAAUCAUUUAUUUACAUGAAUUUGUGCUUAAAACAACCAGAAAAUCUUCCAAGGGGGUAAGAACAUUUUUCUUAAAUUAAGUGUUUAAGAAAAAAUGAAAGUUAUUUUAAGAUAUUUUUCUUCCCCAAUGGCAGAUUCUUUUUUGUUUGUUUGUUUGUUUGUUUUAAGCACAAAUUCACUUAAAUUUGAUUUUUUUUUUUCUUGGGUCACAUCAAGAAAAUGCAUCUUGAUUUAAUAAUGUUUAGAUGUUUGUACUGAAAACAAGAAAAUAAAGUAAUUAAGAAAGUCCUUUUUUUGCAGCGUAUAUAAAUGCAAACUCAAUUUCCACCAAAAGUAGAUGAUGUUCAUCAUUUGCUGCCAAUGCUGAUGGGAGAUUUGGGAGUAGAAUUUGGAAAGGAUGAUGCUGUGCCAAUCGAUGCAAAUAAUUGGACAAUACAUUUGGUCUGUUACUUGUUUUGACAGAGUGAGAAAGACUUUUUCUUACGUAGUUUCAUUUCAAAGACUGCAAGGAGACAGUACAUUGAAUUUGUUUUUCCUCUAUCUUUCAUGACUCAAAAAAAAAAUGAAAUACUUUAGUUGAUAUCUGUUAUCAAAUCUGUUAAUUUAUUCGCUAAAUUAGUCACUUAUUUUAGAUUAAGACCUCAUGGAGGUCAGUUUGUAAGUUGUUUUUAAUGUUUGGUUUGGCUUGUUUACCUAUAGUGUCAAAAAUGAAAAUGUUCUUAGAAAAUUGAUGGUUUUGUUGAGAAGGCGACCUUGGCUGUCAAUAAAGAAAGCUGAUAGUAGAUCAGCCCUCUGGCAAUGAUACUGUAGUAACAAACCUCAGGACUGUCUUGUGUAUACUCUGUGUAUAAUACUUGAUUUUACUUCAAAACGCUGGACACUUUGCCAGUAACAGACCGUUUACUUAAAAGUUUAGAUUUGUAGGAUUUAUUUUCUAUUGGUUGUAUUUAUUCACCUAUUUUCUGAAAA